GCUCCUGCCGCCCGUCGCCCGCCCUUCCCGCCGCAACCCCCGUCCCAGCCGCGCAGGGAACAGUGAAUCAUCGCACUCCUCUCGGUGGAUGUACGAGGACUUGGGCUGGAAGCAUGUGGCGUGUCCUGCGAGGCGGGAGGGGAGGGCGUCUGGGCCCCUGGGGAGCCGUGGGGUGGCUGCAGCCCCCCAGCGUCCGCGCGCUGGCCAGUGCGGGCUCCCGAAGUGGGGAUGAGUACAGUCACGUGGUGGUGGGGGCGGGCUCCGCAGGCUGUGUGCUGGCCGGGCGGCUCACCGAGGACCCUGACAAGCGCGUGCUGCUGCUGGAGGCCGGGCCCAAGGACAUGCUCGCGGGGAGCAAGCGGCUCUCGUGGAAGAUCCACAUGCCCGCGGCCCUCGUGGCCAACCUGUGCGAUGACAGAUACAACUGGUGCUACCACACGGAGCCACAGCCGGGCCUCGACGGCCGGGUGCUGUACUGGCCCCGCGGUCGGGUCUGGGGGGGCUCGUCAUCGCUCAACGCCAUGGUCUACAUCCGGGGGCACGCCGAAGACUACAACCGCUGGCAGCGGGAAGGCGCGACGGGCUGGGACUACGCGCACUGCCUGCCCUACUUCCGCAAGGCGCAGAGCCACGAGCUGGGUGCUGGCACAUACCGCGGGGGCCAGGGCCCGCUGCACGUGUCGCGGGGCCGGACCAACCACCCGCUGCACCGCGCCUUCCUGGAGGCGGCGCAGCAGGCUGGCUACCCGCUUACCGAGGACAUGAACGGUUUCCAGCAAGAAGGCUUCGGAUGGAUGGACAUGACCAUCCACCAAGGCAAGCGCUGGAGCGCAGCGUGCGCGUACCUGCACCCAGCACUGAGCCGCCCCAACCUCAGGGCCGAGGCCCAGACGUUUGUGAGCAGGGUGCUGUUUGAGGGCACCCGCGCGGUGGGCGUGGAGUACGUCAAGAACGGUCAGAGCCACAGGGCUUAUGCCAGCGCGGACGUGAUUCUGAGCGGGGGCGCCAUCAACUCCCCACAAGUGCUCCUGCUCUCGGGUGUGGGCAACGCGGAUGAUCUCAGGAAGCUGGGCAUCCCAGUGGUGUGCCACCUGCCCGGAGUGGGCCAGAACCUGCAGGACCACCUGGAGGUGUAUAUCCAGCAGGCGUGCACCCUCCCCAUCACCCUGCACUCAGCGCAGAAGCCCUUGAGGAAGGUCCGGAUUGGUCUGGAGUGGCUCUGGAAGUUCACAGGGGAUGGAGCCACGGCACACCUGGAAACAGGUGGUUUCAUCCGGAGCCGGCCUGGGGUCCCCCACCCGGACAUCCAGUUCCACUUCCUGCCAUCCCAAGUGAUUGACCAUGGCCGGGUCCCCACGCAGCAGGAGGCUUACCAGGUGCACGUGGGGACCAUGCGGAGCACGAGUGUGGGCUGGCUGAAGCUCAGAAGUGCCGACCCCCGGGACCACCCUGUGAUUCAACCCAACUACUUGUCAACAGGCUAUACCCUUGUACACGCUGCUCUGUGUGCCCUGGGAUGGCCUCUGACGCAGGAGAGAGCUGCGGCUUUCAGAACCAUCUACCAGAAGGUGCACGGAGAUCUGGCUGUGUGCACAGAGCUCCCGGAGCGUUUGUGCUGCGGUUACCCUGAGGGCCCUCCUGCAAAAGCAGAUUGCAUUCUGGGCCCUGCCUCUGCCCGCAGCAAGAAAGAGCACUCCACCUUGCUCGAAACCGACAUUAAGGACUUCCGCCAGUGUGUGAAGCUGACCAGAGAGAUUUUUGCCCAGAAAGCCCUGGCACCGUUCCGGGGGAAGGAGCUCCAGCCAGGAAGCCACGUGCAGUCAGAUAAAGAGAUAGAUGCCUUCGUGCGGGCAAAAGCAGACAGCGCCUACCACCCCUCGUGCACCUGCAAGAUGGGCCAGCCCUCUGAUCCCAUGGCCGUGGUGGAUCCACAGACCAGGGUGCUUGGGGUGCAGAACCUCAGGGUGGUCGAUGCCUCCAUCAUGCCCAGUGUGGUGAGCGGCAACCUUAACGCCCCCACCAUCAUGAUCGCAGAGAAAGCAGCGGACAUCAUCAAGGGGCAGCCUGCACUCUGGGACGAGGACGUCCCUGUCUACAAGCCCGAGACCCUGGCCACCCAGCGCUGAGGCGGUCACUGCCCGAGAAGCCUCCUGCCAAGCCAAGAGGGUCAGCACCCUGUGCGCCCCCCCCCCCGUGCCCUUUCCUGAGACUGUCGAGAAUGUUAUAAUAAUUCAAUGGCUGAGAAUGUGUAAUUUCUUAAGCUAGGACACCAGUAUCAGGCAGCGAAGCACGCUUUUUUCCCCCAGCAUUUUCCUGCAGGACACCCCCCCCCCACCUCCUGAAGGGGCAGCAGAGAGGACUGGGGGGUAGGCCAUUGGAGGAGGAUGGCUCACUCCUACCACGGCCUUGUCUUAUCCUCCAUGGCACUCUGCAACCCAGGGUCUUGUUGGGACUUGAGGGAGGUGAUUCUCUACCGGGCCUCCCUCUUAAUUAAGGCAAGCCGCUCCAGGAGCAGAGUGCUGUGCCGAGGCUGGGUGCUGGCUGACGGCAUGGGGAUCUCGCGGUGGGGCCGUCCUCUGCCUUAGGCUGCCAGCUGUAGCUGAGGCCCGUGCCUGAGCCCCAGCGUCCCCGUUCAGAGGGAAAGCUGCCUGCCCGGAGAAAUACAGGCUUCUCUCUUCUGCUUCCUGAGUCCCCUCCCAGGUGGGUCACUCUGAGGGCCCACCUCUCCAAUGCUCCGGCUCUUACUUAGUGAGAUUCUCUUCACUACCAUAGGUUUCCUGAUUCAGCAUUUUAAACAAUUUGUUACCAGGGAAACCUAAGCAAACCCCACAGACCAGAUCUCUGCUCCAAGCCAAAGCAGCCAGCCCAGGAGGAUGCUUUCCUGCCAGCCUGGGGACAUGACUCACAGGGCACGAGGCUGGCUGAUCCGUAUUCCACAGCCGUCCACAGGAACAGACUGGGAUGGAGCCGAGGCUGGUGGAAAAAGCAGUCGGGACACACUAUAUACCUGAUCCCAUGAAAGUAAAUUGGCAAAGAUUUGAAUUUUGGGGGGAGGGGGGAAACAGAUACAAGUAGCAUUUUAAAUAGUUCUUUGAUCUUUAAACUUCCGAUAAUUCAAGAACGUAAUCCAGUAACUGAUUUUUGAAUGGAGAUGCCUUAGCCACACUGUUCUUGCAAGGUUAUGAAAACUAAAUGCAUUUUGGGUUGAUUUUUCUGGAGAUCUGCAAAGCCACCAUCUGUGGCAGGGGAGAAAAGACUUGUGCUCUGGAAACCUGCCCCGGAACCAGGAGGGGAGGCAAAGGGGGAGUUCUAGGCUUCGCCCAGGAUCGGAGUGGACGGAGAUGGCUUGGAGGCCAGACAGCCACAGCUUGUGUUUGUGAGAAAGACCUUCCAGAAAGAUGGGAAGAAGAAAACCAUCAAACUUCUCCUUCCUUUAAAUAUCUGAAGUAGCUCUGGUUUCAGCUUACCUGCCUCUUGCUUUAUUUUCUGUUCCAAGGGAGGGUCUAAGGUGGCCAAGAGAUGUAUUUCUCCUAGAGAGGUCCCCCAUCUGCCCCGAAGCCCUGGUCCACAGCCACCAGCCUCGGGGCCCUGGAGCCACCUGCAGGGAUAAAAGAACAGCGGGGCAGGGCAGGCGCCAAUCACCGCCCUACCCCCGUCCCCCCCACCCCCGCUCAGAGGUCCAAGUUGCAAGUUUGGUGGAUAGAGGGGCCUCAGGCCUGAGCGUAACCGUGCAGACCUUCUCUAGGGCGGGCAGGCCAGGUGGCCCAGCCGUGCCAUUCCGCGGUGUCUCUGCGUGCCGCGGUGGUCUCGGUCUCUGGGACAGCGGCUGGUUUGCUACCGUGUCUGCAGCGUAAGACAAGCAGAAUGACCUGUUGUCAGAGGAGGUGUGUCGUGCUGUGCGGCUGGAUAACCUCCGGCCCCUCUCACGCUCUUGGCUGCAGUCUGUACGUACCUUGUUCCAUACGAUCACACGGUUUCGCCACGUGCAGAAGUAAGUCUCAGAAGACAAGACAGUGCGUCUUCUCCACCCAGGCCCCAUGGAAGUUGGAGUAGAAGGCUGUGCUAUUGGGGUUCAGCCAAAGGGCAGAAUAUUGGGCUCAGGGGUGGCUGCUUGCUCGAGCCCUGACAGGUGAGCGUGCAGCCGUCUGGCAGAGUGGAACCAUGGCCCGUGUCGCAACAGUGGGCUGUCUCCAAGUUCCACUGCCACGAGGAAGCCAGGGAGGGGAGAAGAGUGCCCGCUGGGUCAGGCACCCCUCGGGGCACCCAGACACCAGGCCAGCCCUCAGCCCUGGGAGGAAGCUUAUUUAAGCCCCUUAGCAAAGAGCCCGUGACACAAAGAAAUGGAAGAAUGUGCUUUGCAAACAAUAGUUGAGAAAGUGGAACCGAGCUGUGGAUGUACCUGAACCAGGCUCUGAGCACGGACCCCUCGAAGAAGCCUAUGUGUUCGAACUGCUGCACAAGAAGGUUCUUCCUGGUCGGACUGGGGACAGGACGCACGGGGAGGAGCAGCCUGCUGGCAGCUCCUGGAAGCCAAUCCUGGCACCGGGACGCGCCUGUCUGCUUCCAGGGCUGGCUGUGGGAACCCUUGUUUCCAUAAAUUCAAAUAGAGCCUGCUCUCCAGCCAAACCCUGUUCCUCCCCACAAAGGCCGUUUCCUGUUUCCACCAACUCAACAUCAGAUCUAAUACCUAUAUUCUCUUAAAAAACGAGAAGAAAAUGCACGCCCUCUCCACCAGCUCUGUCUCGAGAGCCAGGCAGCGUCCCUGGUCCCCUCUCCUGCCACCGUCCCCACCGGUGUCUGUGAGGCCACUCUCGCUGGGGCUCCCGCAUUGGAGGCAGUGGCCCCGGGCCUGCUGCCCAUUCUCCUGCCCUCGCACGUCCCCAGGAAAGAAGGGAUAUCCUUUUGGAGAAAUAAAAACUUGGUCAACACAUGCAAGCCUCACUGGCGUCUGUUUCUGAGUCAGGGAAGGAGCUGGAGCUCUGUCGCAGACCACUUUUUAGAACAAACCUAUGGCCCAUCGUGACGGGAAACCUGUAGGAAAACAGGCAAGUGGCAAAGGCACUGAAGACCAUAAAACAGAAACAACGUGAAGUCAACUGCCUGGGUUCCUUUCACAAGCGUGGGGUCAGCAGUAAGGCAGGUAGAGCCCACACUGUGUACCGAUCAGCUUCCCGGCCUCGGGCGGGCUCCAAAAGGUGGGAAUGGAGCUGGAAGGCCCUGUCUGGCCCGGCCGCCUGGAUAGAAACCAGAGAAAAGGCUGUCAACGGGGUUCCUGCUGCUGGGGAGUUCAAUCAGAGCUGCCCUUUCCUUUUGUGAUAGGAGAAAACACAAAAGCAAAUGUACUAUUCCUGGGGACACAGCAAAAUGACUUUUGGGGGGUGGGGGGGCCAAACUGGGGAGACAGUUCAUCUUAAAACUUUCCUGAAAGAAAAAAAACAACACAUCGUUCUACAACUUCAACUUGUUCUUACAAAGAACAAUUUCAUGGUAGACGGGAGGUUGAGCCAGACUUAACACGGGCCUGUUAGGCUGGGGAAAGAUGGCGGCCUGUGCUGGAAAAUGCCAUCCUGGCAGGGCUGCUGCUGAGAAACCACACAGAGCAAUGCCCAGCGAAGAUGACGGGGACGGUGGCUUAGCCCGUUAGGAGAAACCGUGCUCUCUGCUGCUGGUGCUGAGUGACCGUGGGCACCAAGGAGGGAGUCAUGAGGGUAAGAGAAGGUACACAGUCCCAGGACUGUCCUCACCUAGCACCAGCCCCUCCUGAAACGCUCACCGGCCCACACCAGCUCUUUGCCACAACAGCUCCCUCGUACAAUAAAAAUUAUUAACACAGUUUUAUUCUGAAGAACAUUUUGCAUUUUAAUUAAAAAAAUUUAUGUCAGGAAAUAGUCAUUUACAAACCUUGAAGUGUUUUUGCCUGGAUCUGGAGUAAGAAUGUCUUAAGAAGAGGUUUGUAAGGUCUCCAUAACAAAGUAUUGUUAUUUAAAAAAAAAAAAAAAAAAAACCCAAAACAUUAACUGGUUGUCUAGGUAAUAUUUAAAAAUUUUGAACCAAAAA